CUUCUGCAGACUUCAACUACUACUUCAUUUCUUUUCUUGAUGCUCAGUUUCAUUCCAUUUAUUCCUCACGGUACUAAAGGAGUCGAUGAAGCUGUAUGGCAAACGGCUCGUCGUUCAUGGCUGAACAACUUGACAGAGUUACUUAAUAUGCAAGACGCCGUCUUUGCCAAACAAGUUUUGUCCAACACGACUUUGGCUACAUUUAUAGAUCAAGUCUUCAAUGAACAAAUGGACAACGACACAGCACCCGUAGAUACCCGUUUGAUCAAGUACAUUUUUCUUUUGUAUGCCAGACUCUCUUCUUUAGCCCCGACACACGAUCUUUUAAAUAUCCAGAGACUUUGUAGCUUUGUCAUUGUUUACGGUUAUUCGAAUAUCAGUCAGGUCCGUCGUAUAGUAGCCAAUGCAGUGAAUGAAUCCGAGUCUUUGGAACAAAACUUACUAGCUACAAUGGGUAUGCUGAUAGAUUCGAUUCAAUCCAUGCCUAAUUCGCUCAAGAAUUCCAUCACGGCCGAAACAUUGGAUCGUGCUUAUGUGCUUGUGCGAGUCUUGGACUCUCUAUUAUCUUCCACCGUUCAACUUUCAGUUAUUAAAUCAAGCUUUGAUACAUUGGAUCAAGUGUUGAUAGAUUGUUACAGGGAUUUGAUACCUACGUUGAAAAAGGCUGUGGAAUGCGACGAGUCAAAUAAGACGUGCGCUUAUCUUAUUAAAUUGUCACUGGUAUCCUCUUUUAAUUCUUACGCAGAUAUGCAUUUCUUGACGCCUUUCGGAUAUAUCACUUCUCCAGAAGAUCAUCAUCGACUAGAAAAAUACGAGACGACAGCCUCAACGGAUUCAGUUUUAGAUUGGAUGAGCGAAAAGAUACUGGGAUAUAUCGAACAUAGUGGAUUAGAAUCGACAUGCGCUGCCUUUGAGGAUGGACCGAUCAUUAUGGAUUGGGAGGUAGAAUACAAUAUUACCGAAAAACUCGAUUAUAUCAACAAAACUUCGUUUUCGGGAGAGGAUGAACGUAUCGAAUUUUUGAAGCUGUCCAUGGAGCAAGUGCGAGAUUCGAAUAAUGGUACUAGUGAUUGGGGAUCAGCAUUAAAAACAAGGGCUAAACCUGCUAUCAAUGGUAAAGCUUCUGCCAAAGAUAAAUCUGUCGUCUUUGAAAACGUCGAAAGAACAUCCAAAAUUUCACAGAUUCAUGACUUAUUCCCUGACUUUGGUGACGGUUUUAUCGAGGCUUGUUUAGAAGCCAACAAUGAUGAUGUUGAGGUCGUCAUUAUGCAGUUUUUGGAAGAGAAUUUACCAGCUUCUGUGGCUGGAUUAGAUAGAUCAAUGGAAAGAAAACCACUCAAGAGUGCGACUGAAACUGUAGCUCAAUUAGCUCAUUUAGAGGGAGAUGCUGCUGCCAAGGAUGCUCAAAUUCAACAAGCCAUUGAACAUGAGAGUGUACUCUCUUCAAGACGCAAUGUAUAUGAUAAUGACGAGUUCGAUAUUUUCACCCAUCGCACAGUAGAUACAUCCAAGGUUUAUACGGGUAAAAAAGAUAAAGGGAAUGCAGAUUCGUUAUUGGAUGACAAGUCGUUUAUUCAAAGCGAAAAGAAGAAUGUUUUGCAGCGUGUUGUCGAUAUGUACGAUGAUGACUAUGAUGAUACCUAUGAUGAAAUUAAUGAUGCAGGUGCUCCAUCCACACUGGAUGGCGAUUCUGCUGUGGAUAUUGUGAAAAAGAAGCAAGAGUUAUUAGAUCCUGGCAUUCAAAAUGAAAGUCUUUUGGUCCAUAGCUUUACAGAAAAUCCCGAAUUAUUUGGUCGUAAUGGUACUGCUCGUAAAUCCACAAAGCGUGCCGAGUUAAGGAAACGUACAGAAAUGACAGAUGAGCAAUUAGAGGGUUGGGCUAUUAUGUUUAACAGAAAUCCUAGAAAGGAUAGAAUUUUAGAUAAAUACAUGUUAUUUGAUGGUAAUCAAACCAAGGUAACUGAGGAAGUGACUCAAGCACAAAAGCAAGCAUUGAAGAAGGAGAACAAAAAGCCCCCGAUCAGCGAAGCUAAAGAUCGCUCCUAUAAAGACAAGAAUAAGGCGAGAUUUGGUAAUCACAACCGAAAGGCAAAUCGUGAUAAAAAGGUUGCGAAAGCAGGACCGCCACCAUCAUAGAUUAUACACUUUUUUUUAAAAAUAUAUAUAUACAUACAUACAUAUACAACUUUAAUAUGAAUAUGCAAUAUU